AUGGCUGAUGAUGAUAACGGCUCAGAAGAAAUCAAAACACAAAAGUCAAGACGAGUUUAUGCGCGUGGAACGUUCAGCAAGUCGAUUAAAGAGUAUUUAAAGGCCAACGGCGACGAGAACUGCACAGACGAGACCAUCGAGUUGAUCGAGCAGCUUAUGAUCGAGUUUAUUCUCGAGCUCACCUAUAAAAUUCGUCUCGAUGAGCCAACAAAACAGAUCAAGCCCGAAGACGUUUUAAUUCACCUCAUCCGUGAAAGGAAGAAAUUUGAUAGAGGCGCGUACAUUUUGUAUCAAGGCAUUAAGUGUGACAGAAUUAAGAACAAUUCCAAACAAAAUGAUUCAACAAAGAUGCUCAAGAACAUGGACUUUUUUGGGAUGUGA